AUGCCUGCCAUCACUAAUAAACCAGCGAAUAUGGGAAUGGCUGUUCAAAGUGGACCAUAUACGAAAGCGCAAUUCCAAUCUACAAUGGAAGGUUCACGUACCGUUAAAACCAUUAAAGAAAUAGAAAAUUUGUUAAAAGAUUAUCCUGCCGCGUUAGAUUUAUAUAAAACAGGAAAAUAUAAAGUGAAAGUAAAGUGUGAAGCAGAUGUUGAACGUGUUAUACUAGUUGAAAAGCGUUCAGCAAAAGGUGGGGAUGCAAAUAAAAAAUCGCAAAAAGAUAAUAAACAAAACUCAAAUAUAAAAGUAUCAACGCUGACCAAUGAUGAACAAGUAACAGCAACUACGAUGACUCAAACAUAUGAUCAACAGGAUAAUGAAUCCGAAGAUACACUCAAUGAUAAUAACAACAAACGAGAUCAUUCGACAUCACGUCAAAGUACCGAUCAUUUAUCAAAACAUUCAAAAUUUAAUGGAGAUGGUGAACAUCAUCGUCAUAGUCGAACACAUUCAAAAGAUAGUCGAAAUUGUAGUACAGAACGACCGCCACCAUUCUCAUCAUCCACACAACAUGUAAACAAAAUACAAUUGUCAAACAAUUAUCAAUCACAUUCAUCAGGAAAAGUCACGAAUGGUACUCAACAAUAUGAAAACGGCCAUUCGAUACAUUAUUCAAAGGACAAGGAUGUAAGAAAAUCAUCAAAAGAUCGUCUAAGGAGUAGAAAACAAUCAAAAGAUCGUCAAAGCGACACAGCAUCAAAGAAAUAUGGUGGACGAAGUACAUCGAAUGAUAGUGGUAGAACAAAAUCACGGCAUAGUAGCAAAAAUCGACGUCAAACAUCGCCAAAAUACCUUUCAAACUCAUCACUCACAUCGAAUAACACUCAAAACCAUCAACAGAAACAGUCAAAUGAAAUGAUGAUACGUAAAACAGUUAUACAACAUCGCGCAUCAAAAGGUCGUCAUGACGGUAGUUCUAAAGCAAUUCAUGAAUAUAUGCCAGGCAAAGUGCCCGCACUACCAUUUCGAAAGACAAAAUGGAAUCCAGGAAUAUUGCCAUUAUACGCCUGUCUCCCACAUCCUUAUUGGCCAUCACAACAAAAUAUAUUUGCUGCUGCUAAUCAAUCCGUAUUGAGACCGUUUCAACCAAAUUUAUGCCCCAUCCAGUGGCAACCGUCCCGACAACAAGUUCCAUCAACAUUCGCUCCACAGCGCCCAAUGCAUCCAGCACUUUACUAUGGUUCUCGUCCCAACGUCCAGAAACCAUCUGUUCGGUCGUCAACAUCUCCUCCACAAUUAAAUACAUUUCUGACAGCGUCAACGCCAAGUAGUGUCGGUCUUCGUUCUCACCACAGUGGUCGACCAAAAGAUUCAAAUUUUAGUUCAUCUAUGUAUUCAGCACCCAUUGCCAACAAUUUUCGAUUUCAUCAUCCGGGUAAUGCUUAUGUAAUGAACGGACAGCAAGUUAACUCUGUAAAUCAAUCUUGGUUCAAUGGUACUGGUUCCGUAAGAAAUGGUUGGAUGUCAAUGGCUGGAGUUGGAAAAACAUCUUUACAAGCAGAUUAUAAACGUCCAAAACAUCGUGCGAAAAGUGUUGAUACAGGACCAGGUUUGAGUCGUAAAUCGCACACGAUUAUACCAAUGAGUAUAAGAGAUCAAAGUAUUGAAAAAUCCUUGAAUAAUCAACAAAAACACUUGACCGUUCCCAUUGAACAAUAUCGUCACCAUAGUUAUCAUCAUCAUCAUCAUCAUCAACAUGUUGCACAAAAUCAUUAUCAAUCACAACCAAUCAUAACUAAUGGAACGGUUAAUGAGCAAAAACCAGGAGAAAAUGGACACAGUUCGCGUAAUGUCAACGGUACAAAUGGUGGUAUAACUGGUGAAAAACUAACAAUUCGUCAACUGAACGAAACGUUUCAACAAAUGAAUCCAACCGGUCGUUUACCAUUAUCGUCCAUAGCAUCAAUACUUCAAAACUUUAACAUGUCGAUUACUGAAAAUGAACUAACUACUACUGCACAACAAUUACAGUACAAUAGUAAGAAUAAUGUGGAUAAGACGAACGUUAAAAGUUCAAUUUCAGAUUGCGCGUAUAGUUUACGUAAAAAGAAAACAUUACUAAUCUCGUUUAGCGAACCAAUUUCAGCUCGAAAAACGAUUCACAUUCUUGUCAAACUAGGAAAAAUAGCCAAAUCGACACAUCAGAAUAGUCCGCCAUCACCAGCAUUAUCAGAAGAUAGAGAAGUGAAUGAUAUAAUGCGUAAAGCUCCUGUACACUCAUCUUUGAAUCCAACUCACUGGUAUUAA